AUGGAUGCUCUGAAGCAAAGGAUUUUAGAAACGUAUGAUAGUAAUGUUAAACUUGAGGCUGAACUUGCCGAGAAGGAUAAGGAACUUCGAACAAUCAUUCAAGAGCAGAAAGCUCUGGAAGCAGAAGUUAGGGCCGCUCAUAAAAAUCGAGAUACUCUUGAAAUAAAGGUGGAGGCUGCGCAGAAGGACCUGAAAGAGUGUCUGCUAAAGCUAGAGGAGAGUCAAAGAGCGGCUGACGAGAGCAAAAAAGCUGCUGCCAAUUUGGAGAGAAAGAGGGAUGCCCAAGAAGAACUUGUAUCUGAGCUCGAGGAAAAACUUCAACGGGUUGCUGAGGAAGCAAAGUUGGCGCAAUCUAAAUCCUCUGCGGCAGUGGAACAGUUACGGGAAAUAGAGGAGAAAAUUGAUCAAAUAGAAAGUCUAAAUGAGAAGAAGGAAAAGUCAAUAUUGGAGUUGCAACAUCUUACUGGCUUUUAUACCAACAAGUUGAAGGCAUUCAAGUCAUCAUCUGAAUCCGAAGCAGCCAGUAUAGACGCCCUUGAAAAGCAAAUACUGGAAGCCAACAAAUUGCUAGACGCUGCGAAUUUAAGGGCGAAGCGUGCUGAGGAACAAGCCCUUCUCAAUCAAAUGGAGCUGGCCAUGCUGGAGGAUGAAUUGUCCGAGUGGAAGGACAAGAACUCGACUCUGCAGUCCGAGAUCGAUCGGAUAAACGUGGAGUUGCAGUGA